CCUGGCUGGCCGGGCCGCCGCCGGGCUCCUGGCCACGGUGACCGGCACCAGCCGGGCCUCGGGCCGCUCUCUGGAGGAGGGGGUGGUGAUCUCCGAGGCAGGGCUGGGAAGCUGCGCGGCCUCUCCGGGCGCCUCCGCGUCGGGGCGCUAAGCCUGCUGCGGACCGAGCACCGGCCUUGCACUAAGCAGUGCACCUGCGACCGGCGCCGCGAGGAGGGUCCGCUGAACUCCAGCCCCCGCGCCGACGCGGGCUGCAGCUCCCCGCCCACUGCACCUCCACCACCGCCUCUCCCCUGCACCCCCGUGCACCUGUGGCGCAGGCCCAGCCCCAGCCCCGCGCUGGCCUUCUGGAAACUGGUGAGGAUGGACCUGGAGGCCGUCUGGAACCGCCUGUCUUCGGUGUACACAGAAACGCGGCCGACACAUGUAAGCCAGAGGCAAUGGCCACUUCAUCCAUAAGAGGCCGUGUCAGCAUCUCAACCUCUCCUCUCAAUCCCAGCACCCACUAGUUAUUUUUAGUACGGAAAAAUAAAAUUGAACAAAACAUU